AUGGACAGCAGGAGGAUGACUAUUCACAUGAUGUCCUACCUCGCCAUCUUAUUACUCCUGGCAUUACUGGCUCCACCGUCCAUGCCCGCCCCGGACACCGACGACGGCCGCCGUGCGCGCUCCGCCGCCAUCGUCGCUGACAUUCUGUCGGCGCACAACACGGCGCGGCGAGCGGUCGGGGUGGCGCCCCUGACGUGGAGCACGGGGAUCGCCGAGCUCGCCAAGCGCUACGCCGGCUCCCGCCGCGCUGACUGCCAGCCGCGGCGCUCGUCGCUGUUCAACUUCGGCGAGAACGCGGUGGUGGGGAAGGGGUGUCGCUGGAACGCCUCGGCGCUGGUCGCGCAGUGGGUGGACGAGGGGCGGCUGUACGACCGCGCCACGGCCUCGUGCGCGGCGCCGGCGGGGCUGUCCGGGUGCGCGAGGUACACGCAGGUGGUGUGGCGGAACACGACGCAGCUCGGCUGCGGUAAGAUCGUCUGCGACUCCGGCGACACGCUACUCGUCUGCGACUACUUCCCGCCGGGCAACUACGGCACUGGCCCGGCAUACUGA